AUGCGCAUAGAAUACUGUCUUCUGCUAGAGACGCUCGUCUCACGGGUAGUCAGCGGACAUCUGAUCAUGAUGUCGCCUGAGCCGUACAGUUACAGCAGUAAAAUCCUCAACAACUCGCCUCUUGCUUCAAACGGCAGUGAUUUUCCCUGCAAAUUACGAGAUGAUGCAUUUGUGGCCCCUGCGAAAGAGACUGUUUACGAGGUCGGUGUUUCAAACAUAAUGAGGUUCAUGGGAAGUGCAACUCAUGGGGGCGGAUCAUGCCAGUUGAGCCUCACUGAAGACCUCGCGCCAUCCAAAGAAAGCAUAUGGAAGGUCAUCAAGUCUUAUGAAGGCGGCUGUCCUGCAAAUGUAGAAGGACUUCUAAGCGGAGACGCCAGUUCCGACAAUGACAUUCGACUCGAUUUCGCGAUUCCUGAAAACAUUGUCUCCGGAAAAUAUACCUUGGCCUGGACAUGGUUCAAUCGUAUUGGAGAUCGUGAGAUGUACAUGAACUGUGCACCAAUCACCGUCGACAACCCUUCAUUGACUUCAUACAACCAGAGCAUACAGAACCAAGCGCAGGAUUUUCCACCUAUGUUCAUCGCAAACAUAAAUGGCUGUAUGACUCCUGAAAAUUUGGAUAUCCGAUUCCCUCAGCCCGGGAGGAUUGUUGAACGCAAUGGUCUGGCGCGUAAUAUUCUUCCCGACGGUCAAUCAGUAUGCACCGGAAGUCCUGAAUUUGGUGAUUCGGCAGCUAUGAACCCGAUCGUUCCUGAUCUUCAAAAUGGCAAUCUUGGGAAGGCUUUUACAUACUUCCCGCUCACUUCUUCCGUUAAAAUUCAGCCGUCACCUUGCUCCUGUCGUGCUUCCCACCGCAAUGCAAGCCAUCAAUGA